UACCGUCCAGCGCUACACAACGCUCGUUGACAACAGUGACCGAUUCCUGCUGCUGGAUCCGGACUCCACGUUGUGUGCUGGACUAAAGGAGAGUUACACGUACUCCUUCUGGAUUCACGUUCCUACGGAACCUUCCCUGCUUCAAUACAUUUGGAUGUUUUUUUUCUGUUGUUUCCGCUGUUCAAUAACUACUGACAGGCCGGUGCUGUGGCUGUGAGACCCAGAAGACGAUAAGGCUGGCCGAGGAGCGGGGUCAGGGGACCUGGGUCCUGACAUAGACCUCACCCACCUCCACUGCCCGGACAUGAAGUCCAUUCGAUCAUUCGCUAACGACGACCUCCACGUCAUGGCCAAGCACGCCAGCGUGUAUCCCUCUCCUGAGCAGCUGGAGGCCGUGCAGACUCUGGUCUCCACCGUUGAGUGUGCCCUCAAGAAGGUGUCUGACUGGAUGGACACCCUCGACACCCCCCCAGAGACGCCCCCCCCCUCCCCCCACCGGCAGCGACGCCAUGCCUCCCGAAGAGCCCACCAGCACUGCUGCCAAGCCCGCAAAGGCCUGCAGGGGCUCGGUGCUGUGCGGGGUGAUGCGCGUGGGCCUGGUGGCCAAGGGCCUCCUGAUCAGGGGAGACCUGGACCUGGAGCUGGUGCUGAUGUGCCGCCAGAAGCCCACCAAGGUGCUGCUGUACACCAUCAGCGCCAACCUGCCCCUCCAGAUCCAGACGCUGACGGAGGACAAGUACGAGGUGCGCCCGUGCGUGUCGGAGGCCGCCAUCCGAGUGUUCAACACCAAAGACCCCACCCUCACCCUGAAGAUCUGCCUGUCCUCCCUGGCCAUGAGGGCGGAGCGCGACACCCCAGCCCAAGCUCCCAAGCCCCAGCGUGUUGGUGUGUGGAGUGUGACACCUGCCAGGCCAGGGCCCUGCAGCCGACGAGGCCCAGCGCAGGAAGCCCGGGGGAUGCCUCGGAGCAAGGCCAGGAUCGCCAGGGGACGGAGGGGGAGGAGGAGGAGGAGGAGGAGGAGGAGGAGGGCGUCCUAGACCGGCACAGGUGCCGGGCAGCUCUGGCAUCCCUCAGGCAUGCCAAGUGGUUCCAGGCCAGAGUUACAGACCUGAAGUCCGGUGUCAUUGUCUUGCGUGUGCUCAGGGACAUGUGCAACAGAGUGCCUGUGUGGCAGCCAAUCAAAGGAUGGCCCCUGGAGCUGCUGUGUGAGAAGUCCAUAGCCACGUGUACCCGCCCCCUGGGGCCGGGAGAGGCGCUGCGCAGGGUCCUGGAGUGCAUCGCUUCAGGGAUCCUCCUCCCAGGUGGGCCGGGAGUCCACGACCCGUGUGAGAGGGAACCGACCGACAGCCUGUCUACCCUCACAGCCCGACACGCUGAGGGAAUCACGCACAGCGCACAGCAUGCGCUACGUCUCCUGGCCUUUGGACAGAUGUACAAGGUUCUGAAUAUGGAUCCUCUACCUGCAAGUAAACCCACACAGAGACUCUCCGAAGGGAGGAACCUGAAGAGACAGAGAGAGGAUGUUCUCCCCGACGACAGAGAAGCUCAGAAGAGAAUGAGAGUGCUGGACAGCAAGAUGACGGACCCCACCCACCCCAUGAACGCCCUCAUGCGCCUGAACCAGGUCCACCCCGGGCUGCAGUACAAGCUGCUGGGCCAGUCCGGCCCGGUCCACGCUCCGGUCUUCAGCAUGUCCGUGGAGCUCCAGGGGACCGUCUACGAAGCCUCCGGCGCCUCCAAGAAGAUGGCCAAGCUCCAGGUGGCUCUGAAGGUGCUGCAGGCGCUGGGCUACCCGGGGGGCCUCGACGGCGACCUGGACUCCCUGAGCGCCGACGAGAAGUCUGACGGGGAGAGCAAGAACGACAGGAUGUCGACCACCUCCAGCACCAACUCGGUCUCCUCCUCCACGGACACGCCCGAGCCGCGAGCGCCCGGCCCCAUCCUGACAGCGGGAGGGAAGAACCCAGUGAUGGAGCUCAACGAGAAGCGCAGGGGCCUCAAGUACGAGCUCGUCUCUGAGAGCGGCAGCAGCUACGACAAACGCUUCAUUAUCGAGGUGGAGGUUGACAAGCAGAAGUUCCGAGGGACGGGGCCCAACAAGAAGGUGGCGAAGGCCAGCGCCGCGCUGGCGGCCCUGAAGAACCUCUUCUCCGGUUCCAAAGGUCCCAGCGGCAAGAAGAAGAAGCCCAACCCCCCGAUGAAGAGGCCGGCGCCGGCGGUGGUAACGGUCCCGGCUCACGUCAGUAGACCGAGAGGGCUGCCUGUGAUGCCCAGAGCGCCGUUUAUCAACGCACACCCCACCCAUGGAUACCUAACACCAGGCUUUGGAGCACCCUAUGGUUAUGGUCCUGCAACCCCCCUUCCUGGCUACGGGGGUCUGUACAUUGACAGUGCCUUCUACCAGGCCCAGGCCCUGGCCACUCCUCUCAUCCUUCACCUGGGUCCCCAGGAUCUCUUCUGACCCCUGCAGACAGGGGGAGGGGCCGGACUGUGACCCUGCUCAUGCCUCUUUGGGCUCGCUCACCCCCCUCUCUCUCUCUGUCACUCCCUCUUUUUCUUCCUCUUUUGUGACUAUUUCGGGUUUCUUCCUCAUUCUCUCUCACUCUCCACCUCCAUUUCUCACUUUGGCCUCGAUUUUUGUUUUCUUCCGUAUUCUCUCUUCUUCUUUCUGUCUCUUUUUUUCCUUGCCAUUUUCUCCCUCUCCAUCGAACUUUUGCCUGUAUUUCAGUCUGUUUCCGUCUCCAACUCAUUAUUUCUCUCUCUCACUGUUUCUCUUUCACAAAACUGUCAUGGACUGCGUGGGCAUCAACUGGAGAAUAAGCAAUACAUAAUCUGACAUGGAGGGACUUUCUUUCUCUGGGCUACAAUACUGGUCUGACUGGACAGGAAACUGCAGGCCUGCAUAUGAAAAUGAAAAUGAGAUGGACUUUUAGAGGAAUAUGAAUGUGAUUUGUGUACAGAGUUAGUACGGAUGUGAGACUCAUGAGUUUGUUCAACUCAGUACUAUUUCUGAAUAACCUAUGAGAAGUAUACUGUACUGUCUGUGUAUUAUUUGAAUUUAUACUGUACCUCCUGAAUGUGAAAACCGUUGUGGACAAAAUACCCUCGUUUACAAAAUAUACAAGCAGAUAUAUCUAUUCCAAUGUGAGGUGAAAAGAUUGUUGACAUAUUUCCAAGUGAAAGUGCGAAAGAUUUACGCCCAUUAUUGUAUUUUGACAUGAGCAACUGGUCAUAUCGGCAUCAUUUGAUCCUGCUUCACAAAUGACCUGUGAUGAUUCCCACCAGAAGCUUGCACUCCCACACUGUAGAUAAGGUUGUGUUAUGUAUGUAUUAUGUAUUGCACAGCAGUCUGAAGAAAGCACAUUCCUUCUGCAUUCUGACUGGAAAGCACAAGUCUCAUGAGCAAUACUAAACUCAGGGAAGGACGUACUGUCUAUCUCCACCAAGGAAACUGCUUCUUCAUCACAACGUUCAUCCUACUGUGUACACACACACAAACAUUUAUAUACAGGUCACAGAAAAAGGCACAACCUUUUAUUGUUUUCCAUGAUGUAUUUAUAUAGCUCACAGGUCAUCACCCUGCUGACAAGGAUAUCAUGAUAUUAUUACCUACUGUAGAUUGAGCAGUUUUUUGGUGCUGAAUGUGCUUAGUAGAAUGUAUAACCAAAGCUUCACAUGGAAACAUCCUCCCAUAGUGUAUAAACGUGUUAACCGGCAAAAUGUACAGUAUAGAAUCCUUUUUUGUGUUCUAGGAAAUUGAUGGGGGGGGGGGGGGGGAUAUAUGUUUCUUGUUUAUGAAUCUUCUGUUUAGCUGGUGUGUAUAAGAGUUGAACUUCCUGUACCUGAUCCCUUGUGGAGCCCAGAAGGUAACGCUAACCACACACUGGUGCUAACGUGUAUAAAAUAAAAUGAUAAACAUCUGAGCUGAGCGGUUCCUUCCUAAUCUACCAGAAUUUAGACCAGAAUGUCAGCGCAGCUUCCCCAUUCUUGUCAAUAGAGGUCUGUUGUCUUAUGAGCAUCAUCUUUUCCACGGAAUAAAGGAACUGGA